CAGUGAUGUGAGUGAAGCAUUGUGGGAGGGUACGUGAGGCAGGUAUGCAACGCCAUCAUGCACUUGCCUGUCUCGCAUCGUCCAUUGUUCCAUGCAGUACUAUGCUACUUGCACUCAUAUUGUGGUGCAUCUAUUUGCUGUUAUUAUUGAAUUUGGUGAAAUGUCAUCUAAGUGACCUUCUAGUGUAUCUCCUAACCCCCCUCCUGAGUUAGCCAUGAAGCGAAAAAGGAGGCUGUUACAUAUGCCUUUUAACUGCAUGUAAUAAUGGAUUUGCUUUAUGCGAGGUUUUUUUGGAAUGCAUCCCUUGCAUAAAGAGAGACCUGAGUGUAUUCAUCUUUUGCUUUUUUUCCCCCUUGCUAAUCUGAAAGUCAAGAGUAUUUUUUUUGUGCAGAAACUAAAAGAAAAUCCUAAACAUUCCUUAAAUUCCCCGAGAGCAGAAGUGGGACUCUGACAUGCAGCUGAAAUGAAGAGUGUGUAGUGUGCACACAAACUGUGUAGAGCUGGAUUAAGUUGAAUAGAUUGGAGCCGUUCUUUUUAACAGACUCACGUUCAAAGUGUGCAGUGCUUUGAUCUAGAUGCAUCAUUGCAUUCUGGGACCUGCAGCUGCCCCAGGUUCUGGGCUGCAUGUCGUUUUGGAAUGUACCUAUUGUAUAGGUUGAUGUGUGGUUUUUAUUUUUGUUUUUUGUGGUUUUUUGUGGUUAGAUUCUGAACCUGCACUGCCUGCUUGAAGGCUGCCACACUUACUUCAGAGUCCAAGGGUUAAACCAUAUUCCAGUGCACUGAUAUAUAAUCCUUAAACUGGGGAGUGGCUCUGUGUUUUCUGGGGGUUGCUUAGGGUGAGAGUGUGCUUCCUGGGACUAGGACUAUAUAUUCUCCUGUCCUUAAUCUUGAAUGAUCUCAGGAUGUGAAAGUUGUUAACACCUGUAGCAUUGAAACUUCAGGGGUCCUCUCAAGAGUCAUGCUGUUUGCUUGACCAUUUAAAUCAAUACAGAUCAGAUGGAAUCCCCAGUUGAAUGGUCUGCUCAGUACAAAGGGAAGAUGAUUUUGAAGGUACCAUACAUAGCUGAGUACUUUUAAAAUAGCCCACAGGUACAUCCAACCUGAAGUCUAAUAUGCAAGCCUAGAAUUGAAUAGCUUGUUGUGAGGAGGUAGCUGGGAUAUUUCUGGAGUGUGUAACCCACUGUGUGUGCAUGAAGCUUGACUUCUUUUUUGUGUUAAUCAUCUCUUGCUGUUACAGGGAACACCCAUGCAUCAUGUGGACUGGUGGCUGCAGGCGGAUCCCCGUCUUAGUGUUUCAUGCAGAAGCUAUUCUGACCAAUGAGAGCUACCUCCGUCUGAUUGGAGAGCGCUAUCGCUUGUCUUACAAAAUUGUGCGAACAGAUAGCCGCCUGGUGCGCAGCAUUCUGACUGCCCAUGGAUUCCAUGAGGUGCACACUAGUAGCAGUGAUUAUAAUCUCAUGUGGACAGGAUCCCACUUGAAGCCCUAUCUGCUGCGCACCCUCACAGAUAUUCAGAAAGUCAAUCACUUCCCCAGAUCAUAUGAACUAACCCGGAAGGACAGAUUAUACAAGAAUGUCAGUCGUAUGCAGCAGACCCAUGGGUUCAAGACAUUCCACAUCUUGCCUCAGACCUUCAUCCUGCCAGCAGAGUAUCAGGAGUUCUGCAAUUCCUACUCAAAAGACAGAGGUCCCUGGAUAGUGAAACCUGUGGCCUCUUCCAGGGGACGCGGUGUUUAUCUCAUCAAUAAUCCGAGCCAGAUUUCCCUGGAAGAAAAUAUCCUGGUCUCCCGUUACAUCAAUAACCCUUUGCUCAUAGAUGAUUUCAAAUUUGAUGUGCGUCUGUAUGUUCUGGUGACAUCCUAUGAUCCACUUGUCAUCUACCUCUAUGAGGAAGGACUGGCCAGGUUUGCAACGGUGAGAUAUGACCAGGGAUCCAAGAACAUUAAAAACCAGUUCAUGCAUCUGACCAAUUACAGUGUCAAUAAGAAGAGUGGAGACUAUGUCAGCUGUGAUGACCCUGAGGUAGAGGAUUAUGGAAACAAAUGGAGCAUGAGUGCAAUGCUGAGGUACCUGAAACAAGAAGGAAGAGACACAGCAGCACUGAUGGCCAAUGUGGAGGACCUGAUUAUUAAGACUAUAAUUUCUGCUGAACUGGCCAUUGCCACAGCCUGUAAAACUUUUCUUCCACACCGUAGCAGCUGCUUUGAGCUGUAUGGUUUUGAUGUCCUUAUUGAUGCUACUCUCAAGCCUUGGUUGCUGGAAGUGAACCUGUCUCCAUCCCUGGCCUGUGAUGCUCCUUUGGACCUGAAGAUCAAAGCUAGCAUGAUUUCAGACAUGUUCACCCUUGUAGGCUUUGUAUGCCAGGAUCCAGGCCAGCGGUCAAGCCGGGCACCCUAUCAUUCAUCUGAGUCUGCCAGAAGAUAUCCCUUCCAGAAGUCUCAGCGACCUGUCUCUGCACAGCCUCGUCCAACAAAUACCAAGUUGCAUACUCGUCCUCUGUCUGCCAGUGAUGUUGAGAUAAAAAGCCUGAUGCCCUCAGGCAGGGAAAAAGUAGGGGGAAAGCAAGGCAGCUCCAUGUUGGGUCUGUCCAUGGAGGAGAUAAAAGUUCUGCGUCGAGUGAAGGAAGAGAAUGAGCGGAGAGGCGGUUUCAUCCGGAUAUUCCCUUCCUCAUUAACGUGGGACCUCUAUGGAUCCUUCUUGGAGCACAAGACAACAAUGAAUUAUAUGCUAGCCACACGGCUCUUUCAGGACAGGAGAAGGAUGAGAAGAGGUCUAUUUACUGGAAGAACCCAAGCAGGUCUUAAUUGGGGAGUGGAUCUGGGGCUAGAAGCCGUGGACUCUAAUGCUGAGCUUCAUGCUGCCCUUUACGAGAGGAAGCUCCUGUCUCUUGAGGUACGGAAACGCAGGCAACGUCACGGCAAGAUGAGAGCAGCACGGGCAAGACCUCCAGGGACUUCCAAACUGACAAAGCUGCUGCCUAAGUCUGAUACAGAAAGUGAAGAGGAGGAAGAGGCAGAUGAAGUUGAAGAACUAGAGGUAACUCAGAAUGAAGCUGCUGGCUCUCGUAUGGACAUGCAGAUAAAUUCCAAGCCAAAGUUAUCUGAGUUGAUGGAAGCUGCUUGCCGAGAAAAAUUGCCAAAGGAGCCUGGACAGGAAGUUGGAGGGUGCGAAGGAGAAAUGCUUCUCCAAAAAGUAGAGCCAGAACCUCGAUUUAACUUGCUAAAGAUUCUGCAGGAGAAUGGCAAUUUAAGCAAGGUGCAGGCUCGCAGGGCUUUCUCUGCCUACCUGCAGCGUGUUCAGUUGCGCCUGAUGAAAGAAUCUGGGGACCGUAUCCAGAGUGCUGCCUGGGCUGCCAAGGAGGAUGAGCAAAUGGAGCUGGUGGUACGCUUUUUGAAGCGAGCAGCCAGCAAUCUUCAGCAGUCCAUGAGGAUGCUACUCCCCAGUCGGCAUCUGGCACUGAAUGACCGUAGGCGCAUUCUGGCUCACCAGCUGGGGGAGUUCAUUAUCUGUUAUAACAAGGAAACUGAUCAGAUGAUUCAGAAGAAAUCAAAAAAGAAACAGGAAGAAGAGGAGGAGGAGGGUGUGAAUGCUGAAUGUUUUCAGGACUUUGUUACGAGAGCAAGUGAGAGUGACUUAGAGGAGGUGCUGACAUUUUACACACACAAGAAUAAGUCGGCCAGUGUAUUCUUGGGUACCAACCCCAGAACCUCAAAGCCCUGCAACAGCAGCAAUCCAUCAGAAAGCACAGCUCAGAAAGAUCUUCCUGAGGUGGUGGAGGAAGUGAAAAGUAAUCAGCUCGAAUGUCCCGUGGCAGAACUAAAUGCAGAAGGAGAGCUAAAAGGUGACAAGCCCAGAGAAAUUGGAUCAUCUCAAGAUGAGCUGAAAUUACCUCAGUGCAGCCCUCACAGUGCUUCCUCCUCUGGUCCUGGUGCUAUGCUCCAGACAAGCAUCAGCUCACAGUUUUCAUCUCAUACCACAGCCUCUAAAAACACACAGGUGUCUAGUCACCACUCAUCCCUGCCUCCUCCAGCUGGUCCUGGACUGACUCAGUCCCCACCUUUCCAGAACCACAGCACAGUUUCUGACAACCAGUCUUUCUCUACAAACAUGGUAUCCCACCCAACAUCUAGCCAUGCAGAGUUGCACCGUUCUCAGUCUGGUGGCCACAUCACUGGUCCAUUCUCAUCCUUUCACAGUGUUGCUCAGAUCUACAGCCAGAGAUUAUCCAGACCAUCCUCUGCAAAAGCAGGUUCAUGUCAUCGCAGCCCAAGUCGGCAACGUGCAGGCUCAGCCAGGGUGUACAAAGAUGCAGAAGACCCAUCCUCCCAGGGCAGACGCUACAACCACAGCACUGUAGCAGCAGAACUGCAGCGACUGUCAGAGAAACAGGCAGCCAGGCAGUAUUCACCACCCAGCCACAUCAGUCUCCUUACACAGCAGUUUACAAACCUGAACCUGGCAAGUGCAGCCAUAAGCAAAGGGAACACAGCCUCCCCUCCCAGUCACCACUCAGCACUUAGCACUAGCGGGUCCUUAUGGGCUGUUCAGUCGGACACUCGCAUAGUGGACAGCAGGCCCUUCUCAGCAGUCAGGGUUCCAGAGAGUGAUGAUGGCUUUUCCUGGGAAGGGGAAUUGGAGAACAGUGUCUACAGCAAGGUGACAGGGAACCAACUGGCAUAUCCCAAGUAUCAGCCAACUGCCGGCAGCUAUCAGCUUCAUUUUGCUGUACAGCAACUCCAGCAACAGAAGAUUCAGUCCCGACAGCUCUUGGAGCAGAGUCGAGCCCGACACCAGGCUCUCUUUGCCAACCAUCCACCAGCCAGCUCCAGCCAUAUAUCUGUGCCAGCUAGUUCUGGUGCCCGCAAGAUGUCAAGUGCCAGUUCCAGCAUCCAGAAGGCGGUCAGUCUGCACAAAAUCAUGCCAUCCCAGAGUACACCUUCUCACCUGGUUCCUAAGCCCCCAGCCAACCUCAGGCAAGCAGUGAUCAGAAAGGUGGCAGCCCAGAGGAUUUCCAAGGUGACCUCUACAGAAGGGCAUCUGAAUGGAUUCCAGAACAGCCUUAACAGUGCUGCAUCCUGUGAGCCCAGCACAAACCCUACAGCUCCUACUCACAGUGAAGGACUAACCCUGAGCAGCAGGUGAGAAACGCAAUGCACUGCUCCCAGCAUGAAGCAAAGGAUGACGCAGCAGUGACUAUUCAUUGUACUGUCCUCCCCACAACACUCUGACCAGGGUGGGUGUGAGGCCCUGCUGCACAUCUCAGAGAACUCCCUGAAGACAGGAGAGCAGCUGAGCACUAUGGGACUGGUAGUGCAGCCCACGUUGAGGUGCCCUGUUGACUCUGAGCUUCUGUCACUAAGCUUUAGGGUUCCUUCUCUCCCACACCUUCCACUCACUGGCCACAGAGGCUCACAUAAGACAGGUCCUCUAGCUGUCUUCAUUGUGCUUCCCGAGGUCCAAGUUUGAACAUGAAGCCUCCCUAUCUGCUCAGCCAUUGCAGCCCAUCCUAGUCUUUUAACAGCCAAGAUUCCCUGCCCAUGAAGGGAUGCUGCUUAUACCAUGUGACUACCAAUGACAGAAGAGGACUAUUAGACCAUGUGACUAAAGAGAUCCUCAUUUGGCACCAUCUUGAAUUCUGGCAAGAAGCCAUGGAAACACUGUUUGAAUAAAGUCAUUUCAUUUUGUUUUGA